CCCGAGCCCGCAGCACCCAUGGAGGUGGAGCCGGAGCUGGAGCCGGAGCUGGAGCCGGAGCUGGAGCCGGGCCGCGAGGCGCUGCUGGACCUCAGCUUCCUGACCGAUGCGGAGCGCUGCGCCAUCACCGAGGUGCUGCACCGCGACGCGCUGCUGCGCCGCACCGAGGAGGGGAGAGUCAGCAAACUGCGCCAGUCGGUGUCGGACCCGGUUCUGCUGCGGAACCUGACGGGGGAAUGGUUCUGUGACGUCCGGGCCCAGCGACAUCGGAACCUGCUGGGAGCUGAGCUGGUCCGAGCGUCCAUCCGGCGUAGGAGGAGACCAUGGGGUAGGGAUGGAUGGAUGGAGGGAUGGAUGGAUGGAGUCUGGGGGGGAAAUAUGGGGCAAUCCGGGGCUCUGUGUGUGUCUGUUGGGGUCCUGGUGGUUCUAUGGGAUCCUGAGGGCGCUUUAUACCCCCCUGCCCCCCCCCAGCUGAGCGGCAGCUUGAGCAGCCUGUACAGCGAGCGGGAGCUGCGCCGGGUGCGGGUUCGGGGCUGCGUGCAGUUAUCGCUGCGUUACGAACCGGCCGCGCAGGAGCUGCGGGUUCACAUCGUGCGGUGCCGGGAACUGGCCGAAACGAAGCGACAGCGGCCGGACCCGUACAUCAAGACCUACCUGCUGCCCGACAGAUCCAACCGCAGCAAACGCAAAACCUCGGUUCGGAAGCGCAGUUUGGACCCGGUGUUUAACGAGACCCUGAAGUACAAGGUGCGCAGGGCGGAGCUGCGGGAGCGGACCCUGAGCGUGUCGGUGUGGCACCACGAGGCGAUGGGGCGGAACCUGUUCAUGGGGGAGGUGGAGGUUCCGCUGGGACAGUGGGACUGGGAUAAUACCCGGCACGAGUGGUUCGACCUGCAGCCACGGGUGAGUCCCACAUGCAGCCCCAUAGCGCUGCCCCAUAGCGCCCCAUAGCACUGCCCCAUAGCGCCCCACAGCA